AUGAUCACCAAGCCCGACUCUCCCCCUCCUUUCCUGGUGCAAGGGAUCCGCCGAAAGCGACACGUCUUACCUGCAACAUGGAUGAGGGCUGGUACCUCGAAGGGCCUUUUUAUCCACCGAAAGUAUCUUCCGAGCCAGCAAGAAUUAUGGUCACCCUGGAUACUGGCAGCAAUGGGGUCCAGAAACGGUGACCCGCGCCAGCUCAAUGGUAUUGGCGGAGCCACAUCGACGACGUCCAAGGUUGCGAUUGUAUCGCCUUCUGAAACACCUGGAAUCGAUGUUGAAUACACCUUUGCACAAGUGGCAGUUGGAAAGCAGAAAGUAGACUAUAGCGGAAACUGUGGCAAUAUUGCCAGUGGUGUGGGGCCUUUUGCGGUGGAAGAGGGUAUUGUCAAGGCAAAGCCAGGCCAAAAUUCCAUUGAUGUUCGAAUUUUGAACACGAACACUGGGCGUGUCCUGGUCGAGACGGUCGCUGUGGAUGAGGACGGCUUGCUUCUUGAACAGGGAAAUUACCAAAUGGCAGGCGUUUCUGAUCCAGGUGCCGAGAUCAAGGUAGCCUUCGUCGACCCGGCGGGCUCUAUGACUGGGAAGCUGUUCCCGACCGGACGAACCGAAGACACAAUCACCGUCGAAGACCCGACGGCCUUGGAACGCCCAUUCAGUGUUCAGGCUACCCUCAUUGACGCCGCAAAUCCAUUCGUCAUCGUCGACGCUCAAACAUUGCCAUCAACAUUUGUACAAGGCUCCGAGGAAUGGUUAGAGACCAUUGAAGACAUUCGGCGGGAAGGUGCGGUCAUGAUGGGACUUGCAAAUAGCGUCGAAGAAGCUGCGCUGACGCGUGGAACCCCAAAAAUCAUGAUGGUAUCUUCCCCAAACACACUGGACGGCCACGGAAAGGUAGGCUCCACGCCCGAUAUUUCUGUCCUUUCUAUGAGUAUGGGUCAGAUCCAUCCAAGCGUUCAGCUCACUGGUGCCGUCUGUCUUGCUGGGGCGUCAUGCAUCGAAGGCACUGUGGCUCAUAAACAUUGCAGGAGUGUUGAGCUUCUCGACCGCUUUGGAGUCCAACCAACAAAGCAGGUUUCCCAAUCUCCCAAGACAAUAAUGAUCGGACAUCGGAGUGGGCAGAUCCCCGUAGGUGUUCAUCUACAAGAUCAAGGCGCCCUUGAGCGUUGCAUUGUUUCGAGAACAGCGAGACGACUAUUUGAGGGAAACGUCCUUUUCUACGCUUGA